GACAGGUUCGCGUCUCCUGUUGUAGAUCCUUCAGGUGGUGGAGUCACACUGCUGCUAGAUAAACGCCAGUCUUCUUAAACACAUUAUGAUGGUAAUUUAGCUAAAAUUAAUGUUUUUUUUAAACGGUACGUACACAGAAUGAUACACAGGUAGGGACACGGGUUUAAAGGUAAGCGAGCAGACUACUGUGAACGGCUCUGACUGAGCGUGCUAGUAAACGCACCAGAAGUGCACGUGGGGCAGAUGCUGCCAGUUUGAAACGCUCGCGAGUUUGUGCGUCGCUCCUCAAACACAGGAAGAAGUGUGAAAACGGAUGUAUUGCGAUGACCCACGCUGUGAACGCGACCAGCCACGGUUUGUUUUAUCUCCUCGCAUUUAACUUCAUAUUUUAGCGACACAUGAGAGCCUCUGAGUUCGCUAGCUGCCGCUCUGCUGGGAUUAUUCGGUGCGCUUUUGGACCAUAAGUGUGACAGUCGGUGAGUGGAGAGAAAACAUGGGGACUCAGGGCACAGGACGGAAAAGAUCCACCAAGAAGGAGAGGUCGACGGCAGAGGACGAUGCACUAAACCUCAUUGCGAGAGAGGCAGAGGCCAGGCUGGCAGCGAAGAGGGCAGCCAGGGCAGAGGCCAGAGAGAUCCGUAUGAAGGAGCUGGAGAGACAACAGAAAGAGAUCUUUCAGGUGCAGAAGAAAUAUUAUGGCUUGGACACCAAAUUAGAUGACCGAGCGGACGGCAAAUGGGGAGAUAUUGAACAAUGGAUGGAGGAUAGUGAGAGAUACUCACGUUCUUCACGGAUACAAACGCUGUCAGACGAUGAUGAGCGGAUGUCAGUGGGAAGCCGGGGCAGUGUCAGGUCGGAUCUUGAUGCAGUCGGGGCUUAUGGUGGAGGGGACUCCUCGUCACUUAAGAAGUCAAAGAAAAAGAAGAAGCAUAAACACAAAGACAAAGAUAGGAAUGGCUACGAUGAUGACUACAGUGUCAUAUCCAGCCGGAGUUCAAGACUCAGUGAUGAAAGUCGAGUGUCUCGCUCCUCCAGGCUAGACCUAACGAGCUCCAGACUAAGUGAAGACCCCCGGGGGUCUCGUGCAUCCAGAUUAGACCUGCAGCCGGCCUCAUACGCUUCCUCUGACUUGUACAGCUUCAAUGGUCUGUCCUCCUCCAGAAACCCAGGUUCAACUUUCAAUGGUUUCCAGUUCUGCAGGUCACUCAGUCACAUCACCCAGCAGCUCCAUCGUAGGAGCUCCUUAUAUGAAGACAGUCUCUGCAGCGGGUCACGGCGAGUCACCAGCUCCAGCUCUAUUCCUUUAGAGUACACUAGUUAUCGCAGCUCCGGCUCCAGAGCCUCCUCCAGGGCCAGUUCAGCCCGCGCCAGCCCAGUGGACAACUGCGGCUCUGUUGCCAGUUUUUUGAGGAGCACAGCCAGCAGCAGCGGCCUCCCCCGAGACCUGGACGAUGUUACUAUUCCUGACUUUUCAGACGUGAGUCGCUUUGCACCCGCAGGAGGCCGCGGCUGUGAUGUGGAGGACAGAGAUUAUCUUGAGAAGGGAUCUCGGGCAGCUUCUGCCUUAACAGCAGCGACCCUUACGUCCUUAGGCGGGACUUCCUCACGGAGAGGAAGUGGCGAAACUGCUCUAACUGUAGAUGCAGAGACGUCUAUACGAGAAAUCAAGGAGAUUCACGAACUGAAGGAUCAGAUUCAAGAUGUGGAAACCAAGUACACACAGAACCUAAAAGAAGUGAAGGAUGCAUUAGUAGAAGUGGAGGAGAAGUAUCGUAAGGCCAUGGUGUCCAACGCCCAGCUGGAUAACGAGAAAAACAACCUGAUGUACCAGGUGGACACGCUCAAGGACUCACUCAUGGAGCUGGAGGAGCUGCUGGCUGAGUCUCGUCGGGGAUUUGAGGAGAAAGUCAAGGAAUACGAGCGAGAGAAACAUGCCCACACUGUGCUCCAGUUCCAGUUCAAUGAAAUGAAAGAGACGCUAAAACAAAGUGAAGAGCUGCUCAAUGAAAUCCGUCAGCUGCGUAUCAAACAGGAGGGUUUUGUUAGAGAAAUAUCUGACCUGCAGGAGACGGUGGAGUGGAAGGAUAAAAAGAUUGGGGCCUUAGAGCGACAGAAAGAGUACACAGAUGCAAUCCGAAUUGAGCGAGAUGAGCUCAGAGAGGAGGUGGUGAAGCUGAAAGACAUUCUGAAGAAACAUGGAAUAGUACUGGGACCUGAUCUAAACAUCAACGGAGAGGCUGCUGAGGCACCAGUGGAUGGUUUGCCCAGUGCUGACUCUGCGUCUACACCAGCUAAGGAUUCACCAGCCUCCCCGCCAGAGGGGAACAGCAUGCUCGGCAACACAGAAGAGAGGUUGGGAAGUAGCGGAGAGGAAGAGGUGAAUCCAGAGCAGCAUCAAGAAAUGUAUACAGGAGCCAAAGACAAUCACUUGAACUCUGAUACACUCUCUAAUGUUGCUGGUGCGUCCACUCUGGAAACAUUCAGCCAAGAACAGCCAACAGAGGAACAACAGACAUGCUUGGAAGACAAGAAGACUGCCACAGAAGAAGACAAUGUCGAAGAGCAAGGCCUCAGCAAUGACUUCAGUGUUGAUAUUAAUGUCCAAUCACUCACAGAAGCCAAAGAUAUAAUUGUUUGCAGCCCUGGGCUUCAAAACAUUGUAAUAAGUUCUGAAAAUGCUCCAGAAACAGAAACACCUGAGGGAGGAGAUGUAGGAGAGACUGUUAAACCAGAUUCAGGGGAUACAGAAACAAAAAGCAGUAGUGUCAACAUACAAAGUAAUGACACAAGAGAAUCAUGUAGCAACCUUUCUGAAAAACAAGAAAACGAACAGGAAGAUGAGGAAAGUAAUUUGAGAAACACAGAAUCAUGUCUUCAGCAAAAAGUUGCACGAGAUGUUGUGAGAGAAAGUUCACCUGAUGAGUCCUUCCCAACUUCAUCAAGCGCUGAACCUCAACAAGAGCCUGAUAAGGCAGGGGAGGCAGAGAACGAUGAGACAGAGGAAAUAUCAAGUAAAUCUCAGCCUCAGGGCACUGCUGCUUCAGGGAAAAAGAAGAAAAGGAAGAAGAGAGGCAAAAAGAAAGGGGGUGCUCAGGAGGAUAAGAACCAACAAAAAGAUGAAACAGAUAAAGAAAAGGGCAAAACAGAAAUAGAUACUGAAUCAGCUACAAAAGAUGAUGGGCCAACAACAGAACCUUUUGACGGUUCUGUCACUGCAACCCUCAAGGAAUUAAAGGUGGAACAAGUUAAGAAGGAGAAGGUAAGUCAAGAAACUGAGGAGGUAGAUGGAAUAGAAGCAGUAAAGCCCACAGAAACCUUUUCACCCAAUGAAACAGUCAAAGAAUCAAGAAUGGAUCAUGAUACUGAUGAGCAGGACAAGGAGCAAUUGUUGGAAACAAAGAACGUAGAAAAAUCAGAAACCUUUUCCUUCAGUGAAACACCUAAGGAACUAAGUGCGGAUCAUGGUAUGGAUGAGCACAACAAGGACCAAACUCUGGAAAUGGAGAAUGCAGAAAAAGCAGAAACAGUGACAAAGACUGAAACUUUUUCUCACAUUGAAACUCCUAAGGAAGUAAGCAUGGAUCAUGUUACAGAUGAACAGAACAAGGAACAAAGUUUGGAAACUGAGACAGUAGAAGCUGCAGAAGCAGUAGAAGCAGGAGAGGCAGCAGCACACACUGAAACCCUUUCUGAAGUUGAAACCCUCACAGAAUCUAGAACAACUCCAAGAAAGGAUGAGCAAGACAAGGAAAAAACUUUGGAAACAGAGAAGGUAGAGGAAGUGGAAUCUAGAACAAGUCCUAUUCCAGAGACCAGCUUCGGUACUCCUGAUCUUAUUGACAACUCCAAAGGUGCUGAGAGCACAGAUGGUUCUGAAGAAGAGUGCACUUCUAGUGUAGAUAACUCUAAAAGUGAAACAGAUAUCUCAACUAAUGUCAUACAUAGUGAGUCAGAAAACUGUUUGAUUGUUAGUGCAGAGGAAGAAGUUGGGUCCAUUAAUGAUGCUGAAAACUCCUUUGAAACAAGCCAUAAGGAAAACACUGAAGCGGAAUCACAUGUUCCAAGCAAUGGAGACAUUGCUGCUGCUGAAUCUGAAUACACAAACAAUUCUGAUAUUAAAGAUAACAAGUCGAUAUCCCAGUCCUCACCUGAUGGCUUCACUGAUGUUCUCAAGAGCUUGUCUGGCUCUGAACCGUCCUCAGACCUGUUUGAAGCUGUGAACCUAAACAGCGAUGACACUCUUGUCAAGUUUUCCAAUGAAGGUCCCAAGAAAGCAACUGAGACAGUUAGAGAUGGCGAGGAUCCAGGAGCAGAGGCCAAACAGGAUUCCCUUUCUCCCAGUAUCCUUUCUCCAAAACCUGAUGGGGAUGAGUCCAAGCUGAAAGCAGACGAAACAGAAAAAGAGUUGAAGAGAGGCACGAGUGAACCUGAGGGUUUAGUCGAGACAGAAAGCUCACACGACGUAAAAAGUGUCAGUUGUGACAAUGCAUCAUUAAUGAAAAAGUCUGAUCCAUUUGACUUUGUGCAGAGUCUGUUGCAGACUGAAGUGCAGGCCACACAUCUGGAUGAUGCAGAAGGACAGACAUUAAGGCAUGAGGAUCAGAUGCCUGAAUCAAAUGCGGUGUCCAAAGUGUCCUCUGAAACAAAAGAAGACAUUGACAUGUUAAAUACACCAAACUCUCCAAAAGAAACUUCUGAAAUUAGGCCUGCUGUCAAGCAUGACCACAGUGCUGAAGAUCCAGAACCAAACAGCAGCAAAAAUGAACAGCAAAGUCAGACAAAGCAACUCCACGAAUCCAGCAUAGACAAGUCUGAUUAUAAUGAUUCAUCUCAACUCACCCUGCAAGACAGCGAGGAAGAGGACAUUGACGAAGGGCUGUCUUUUGAUUUUGAUGACAUGGAUAUUGAGGCAGCUGUUGCAGCAAGUCUCCCGGAAAAUCAGAACCAGGAAGAAGUUGAGGAGGGAGUUGAAGUCAUGUCAGUUGAAAGUAACAGUGGUAGUUCAGGGCUGUGCCAAAGUAAUACUGAGUCAAGUGAAAACAGGCAGCAUGAGCCAGUUGAAAGCAAUGAAGAGAAACAUGAGGAUGCUGGGGGUACCCCGGUAGAUAAACUAGAUACUACGUCUCGAGACAACCAAAAUUCUUCAGCUCAUGAGGACGCCCUGUCUGAUAAAAAUGAACAUGCAGAAAAUAUGAGUGAAAAGCAGAAACAAAUGCCUGAGGAAGAAGUAAGUGUAGCAGAGGAGCCCGAGCACAUUAUAGAAGAAGGAAAGGUUUUAAAUGUUGGAGAGCUGGCUGUUGUUGCAGAGGACGUAAACCAGGUGAUAUCUGUUCCCGCAGAGGAGGGAUUGGACGCCGUUAUGCACGAUUUGCAGGGUGAACAUUUGGAUUUACCAAAGAGUGCAGAACAAGUGGCCAGCAACAAAGAGCCACAGCAGACAGAGAAAGAUGUGAAAAAGAACGGCAAGAAAGGCAAAGGCAAGGGCAAAGAGGAGUGUAAGAUGUCUUAGCUUAUAGAUCCAAAUAGUAAAGAUUUACUGUUUAGCAUUUGAUCUGCCCUUUACUAGUCUUUGCUUAGCUGCUGUAAAAUAAAUAUGUGCAGAUCCUUGCAGCACUUUGAUUCCCAAAUUAAUGUUAAUGUAAGUUUGUUU